UGAAGUGUCCGUACAAAGUGGGAGACAGAGAUGUCCAAUCGAAAGGCUGCGGAAAUCAGAAGAUACAACUUGGCGGUGCUCGGAAUAGCUGAAACCCAUUGGACCCAAGCUAGACAGAAAAGGAUAGAUUCAGAAGAGAUGCUACUGUACUCUGGUCACGAAGAAGAAAAUGCUCCACACACUCAGGGACUUCAUAUGAUGCUGUCCGAAGAGGGACGUAAAACACUCAUAAAAUUGGAAUCUCAUGAAUCCAGAAUAAUCAAAGCACCAUUUAAAACAAAGAAGGAGGGCAUCACAAUGAAUGUUAUCCAAUGUUAUGCACCCACCAAUCAUAGCAACGAUGACGAUAAUGAUCAGUUUACGAAAGGCUGCAAUCAAUUAUAGCGAAGUGCGCAGGAAACGACCUGAUCAUCUUGAUGGGAGACAUAAACGAUAAAGUCGGAAUGAACGAAAUCGGAUCUGAAGAUAUCAUGGAACAACAUAAACUGAGUAGGAGAAAGAAACAAAAAUACUGACAGAUUUGCAAAUUUAUGUACAUUCAACAAAAUGGUUAUAGGCGGCACAAUAUUAUCCAAUAAAUGCAUACACAAAGCUACAUGGAUCUGACCAGUUCACUCUACAGAAAACCAGAUCGACCAUAUUUGCAUCACUAAAACAUUGAGAAGGCCAAUGGAAGACGUGAGAACAGAGAGAUGAGCUGACAUAGCUUCAGAUCACCAUCUACCUGAUAGUUGCCGAGAUGAAACCGAAGCUGAAGAAGCACUGGACAACUGGAGUAAGAAGAUUGUCAAGUUUCAAUACAGCCCACAUUGCACAUAUUGACAAACUCAACGAAUUCAAGACAACUCUCGACAACAUGUUCUAAGGCUUACGAGAUCUACUCAAAGAAAAAGAAACCGCUAUAGAGACCAACUGGAAAGGAAUCAAAGAAGCACUAACUUCAACGAAUCAGGAGGUUCUGGACCACGAGAAGCAUCACCAUAAUGAAUGGAUGUGCAUCGGAACCCUGGUUAGGAUUGGCGAAGGGAAGAACAGAAAGACAACAAUUGAUAGCAGCCGAACAAGAACAAAGAAAUUCAAGGCAUAAGCUGGACACUCAUAGGUAAACACGUGAAGAAGUGAAGAAGAGCAUUCUAGCUGACAAGCUGAAACUAGUGGAAGAUCUAGCAAUGAGAAUGGAAAGGCGUAAGCUGGGAAAACAUGUGACAACCAUAUGACACGAUGAAGAAACUAGUGGAGAAAUAAGCUGGAGUGACCGGAUUGUGACAAUGUAGUCAAGCCAAUCACUGAGAUCCAAGGACAGAGCAACAGAUGAUUGGAACAAUUCGAGGAACUCCUAAAUUGAUCAGCUCCAUUGAAUCCACUGGACAUUAAAGCAGCACACACAGACCCGCCUAUAGAUAUCACGCAACCAACGAUCGAAGUAAUCAUCAUAGCCAUCAGACAAAUGAAGUGUGGGGAAACAACAGUACCCGACAAUAUACUAGCUGAUUUACUGAAAUCAGACGCAGAAGCAACUGCAAACAUACUCCACAUCCAAUUGGGAAGAUCUGGGAGGAAGAACAGGUGCCGACAAACAUACUGGAGAGAAGGAUAUCUCACCAAGAUAUCGAAGUAGGGAGAUCUGAGUAAGUGUGAGAUGCACAC